AUGGGCGAGGUGGAACUGUCGUGCCGUGCGUACGUCAAAAUGUACCUGCACGCUUGCCUAUUCCCCCGCUGCAGCGUCAACGGGCUGCUGUUGUCCUCCACUUCAACAGGGGGCGCCGUUUGCGUGACUGACUGCGUGCCUCUGCUGCACUCUCACCUGUCCUUGGCACCUGUUACCCAACUGGCCCUUACACAGGUUGACGUGUGGUGUUCGCAGACGCAGCAAAGGAUUGUGGGAUACUAUCAAUCUAACGCCUGCGUGUCAGAUAGCAGCCCCACGCAAGGAGCCCUGAAAAUUGCCGAUAAGAUUGCCGAGCAGUUUGAUGGCGCAGUUCUUCUCAUGCUGGACGGGAGCAAAAUGUCCCCAGACUAUCGGGUCCCUCCCAUCGUGAUGUAUGAGCGCAAAGACUCAAGAUGGACGCUCAAAGACAAGCACACAAUCAUGCUAAGGCAAUGGGAGGAGACCCGCGCCAUUGCCAGCCAGAUGCUGGAGUCAGGCGACCAAUCCCUCUUGGUGGAUUUCGACAGCCACCUGGAUGACAUCACUAGAGACUGGACCAAUCAGAAGCUCAACGCUAAGAUCGCCGAGCUAGCGUCGCCAGCUAACGGGAACAUCUAA